AUGAACACGAAAUCAAUUUCCAACCUCAAAUUAAUGUUAUUGUAAACCCAAACGAACUUGUCGAACUUUUCGCCCAAACUUUACCGGUCCCGUACUCAAAUUACUCACAACCUCCGAUUCGAAUAGCCCGACUUAAAGGUACCCAGAUCCAGGUGUAG